AUGGAAGGGUCAAGUUAUAAUAUUGAGGAUGUGUAUAAAGAAAUUGGUACGAUCAAUGACUAUUUUUGGGAGACUGAUGAAGGUGUAUUUAGAAUUAAUACACAACACAAAUCAAUCAACGAUUAUUGUAAUAACGGGAGUAACUCAGGAUUUGGUAAAUGUAAUGAUUAUCUUGAAAUGACUAUUUGUAGUCUUAUUUAUUUGCUAAAAACGUUAAAGGAAAAUAAUACUUUAGAAGAUGAUAAACUUGCCGAAUACGCUAUUUUAUGGUUAAGUUAUAAACUAGAUCAAAAGCAAAAAGAUAAAUUAACCGAUUUAAAUAAAUUUUAUACUGAUCAUAUAGAAAAAAAUAAGUAUUAUAAUGAGAAAAUAAAAGAUGAUGAUACUACGACUUAUAAGAAAAUUAUAGAUAAAAUAAAAGAUUUGAUGGAUAUUAAAGAAAUAUCUAAAUUUAAUGAUCCAUUUAGUAUAUUAUUUUAUUUGUAUUAUGUAUUUCAUGAUGAAAGUUUGAAUUGCAAACAAAAUUUGGAUUUAGCUAAUAAAUUUGUUCAAAAUGUUGAAAAACUUAUUGAAGAUUCUAAUAAUACAGUAGACAUUUCAUAUAAUAAAUUGUUAUCUACAUUAUCAAAUGAUUAUAAUAUUUUAAUAAAUAAAUAUGGUAAUGAAAAUAAAUGCCCCAAUUUUAAAUCACUUUCAAAAAUAGAACCUAAAAAAAAUCCUGUAGAAGAUUCUGGACAAAAAUUUGGGGAAACUUCUGAAGUUAUAUCAUCAAGUUCGUCGAUAUUAAACACAGUAAUUCCAGGUUUAUCGAUAUUUGCAAUACCGGUUUUCUUGGGAGUUGCUUAUAAGUAUUCAUUAUUUGGAUUUGAUAAGCUAUUUCAAAGACAAUAUAUAAGAAAAAAAUUAAAAAAAGUAAAGAAGAAAAUGAAACUUAAUAUAUGA